AUAUAAAUUUAAUGAUAAUGUUGGAAAAAAACAACAACAAAAGGACAACUGUGAUGUUCGUUUAGGCCAGCCCCUGGAUUACAAAAGUGAUCAUCAUCGAACCACAAUGGAUGAACUAUAUAUAUAGAUAUAUUUAUUUAUAGAGUAACAGAAACAUGGAUAUUGAUGACCCCAAGUCAAGGUUGGAAAAUAAACCUCACAGGUUUAUGUCAAUACUCACUGGUGAAUGGGUUGAUUUACCAGAGUCAGACAGACUUGGGAAAUGUAGAAGUGUUGGAGACUUUGAAAAGUUAAACAGAGUUGGUGAAGGAACCUAUGGAAUUGUAUACAGAGCCAGAGAUACAGAAUCAAAUAAAAUAGUUGCCUUGAAGAAAAUGAGACUCGAUACCCAGAAAGAUGGUAUCCAUGUCACAGGUUUAAGAGAGAUCAACAUAUUGCUAAAUUUAAGGCAUGAAAACAUUGUUCACAUGUCAGAAGUGGUUGUUGGUAAAAGUCUUGAAAGUAUUUUUCUUGUCAUGGAAUACUGUGAACAAGAUUUAGCUUCUCUGUUGGACAACAUGGCUGCUCCAUUUUCAGAACCACAGGUGAAGUGCAUAAUGUUGCAGCUGUUUGGAGGAUUGCAAUAUCUUCAUGAAAAUUUUAUUAUUCAUAGAGACCUAAAAGUAUCCAAUUUACUUAUGACUGACAAGGGGUGUGUUAAAAUAGCUGAUUUUGGUUUGGCUAGAAAGUAUGAGCUACCUCACAGACCUAUGACACCCACUGUUGUUACAUUAUGGUACAGAGCACCAGAGCUGCUCCUUGGGGCCAAAACUCACACAACUGCUAUUGAUAUGUGGUCAGCAGGCUGUAUAUUAGGGGAACUUCUUGCUCAUCGCCCUUUGUUGCCUGGGCGAUCUGAACUCCAUCAGCUUGAUCUCAUUCUAGAUAUGUUGGGAACACCAAAUGACACCAUAUGGCCAGGCUUCUCAAAAUUACCAGCUUUGGAAAAUUUUACAUUAAAGAAACAACCGUACAACAAUUUGAGACACACAUUCCCAUGGUUAAGUGACUCUGGGAUAAAGCUGCUAAAUAUUCUUUUCAUGUAUGAUCCUAAUAAAAGAGCAUGUGCUGAAGCCUGUAUUCAGUGUUCAUAUUUCAAAGAACAGCCUCGACCAUGUGAUCCUGAGUUUAUGCCCUCCUUCCCACAACACCGUCUUAAAAGGAAACAGUCAAAGCCUGAAGAGAAGAAAGGCAAGGAAAAAAGAAAAUCUUUGGAUACUUUUAAAAGUUUUGGGGACAAUUCAAAUGUGCCUGUGUUAAAGAGAAACAGAAGAGAUAUUAGUUAAGUCAGCAUUUUGAUAUGUAAAUAAAAUUGUUAUGUUUUGAAUUAAACACUUGAACCAUUUUGUAUAUAAUGUUAUGAAUUUGGAAUAAACUAUGACCACAGUAAAACAUUUAAAAAAGGAAGAAAUAAAGUAUCAAUAUUUAAUGAUUUAUUGAUACAUAAAACGUGCAAACAGUUUUUUUUUAUUUAGCUUAGUUAUUUUUUUUUUUUUACAUGAACUCUAUAUUCGUUCAAAUCAAUUAUCUUCCAACCACUCAGAACAAGCAAAGUAAACAAGGAAGAAAAAAAAAAAGAAACUGUCAAA